UCCGUCGGAUCAAUCAAAUCUCAACUCACAGAACCAUUUCACGAACACCGACACAACCGCAAUGCACCGUAUAACUAUCCCUCUAUAAAAUGAAGAAAUGAAAAAUCAGCUUAAUGAAAUUGCUCAAAAAAAAGCAGCAAAAUCUAAAAUAAAAACAGAUCCAAAUCCGAGCAAGACCUGUAAUAAAUGAAAUGAAGUAGUAGUAGUAGUUGUUGUUGAUGCAGAGAAAAGAAAAAGAAAAAAAAUGGAUGUGGAGAGAUCGUCGCUGUGUAAUUGCGUGGUGAAUUUCUUGUUAGAAGAGAAGUAUCUGUUAACAGCGUUUGAAUUGUUGCAUGAGCUACUUGAUGAUGGCAGAGACGACCACGCUAUUCGUCUUAAGGAAUUUUUCUCUGAUCCUUCUCAGUUCCCUCCCGAUCAGAUCUCCCGCUUCAACUCUCUUCGAGUUGCAGACCCUCAGAAUUUGCUAGAAGAGAAAGAAACAAUAGCGGAAAAAUUAGCGCUUAGUGAAUAUGAGCUCCGUUUAGCACAGGAGGACAUUUCAAAGUUGAAAACUGAAUUACAGAAGAAAACAGAUUUGCCACAGGUGGAAUCGAGUGAGUCCAAAUCAGAUAUUUCUGAAAACACUGGAUCAGACAUUUUAUGGCAAAAGAAGGAUGCUUCCUUUUCUGACCUGGGUCCUCUGAAAAAUAACGAGCGUACAGAUCUCAAUUGUGCUGUAAAGGAAUAUUUGCUCAUAGCAGGGUAUCGGCUUACUGCUAUGACAUUCUAUGAAGAAGUUACAGAUCAGAACUUGGAUGUUUGGCAGAACACACCUGCAUGUGUACCAGAUGCCUUGCGACAUUAUUAUUAUCAAUACCUUUCUUCCACAGCGGAGGCUGCAGAGGAGAAAAUUGCCAUGCUACGGGAAAAUGAGUCAUUGAUAAAAGCAAAUGAGAAGCUAAGUCAUGAAAAUGAGAAAUUAUUGAAGAACAAAGAGAUGGCUGAUAUUCAAUUAAGUGGAUUAGCUAAAUCCUUAGAAGCCCUUCAAAAAGAUCUUAAGGAGAGGGAGCACCAGAUACAAGAGUUAAAGCAAUCUUGGGAGCUUCAACGGAAGGAACUGAAUGAUUGCAGAGCUGAAAUCACUUCAUUGAAAAUGAACAUCGAAGGAUAUCGUUCUGGGAAAAGCUUGAUGACUAGUGAUUUUGAUUCUAUUCAAUCCCAUUCCUUAGAUAAGUACAAGGAAGAAAUAAAAUCAUUGCAGAUGGAAAUUGAAAAGUUGAAAGCACAAAGCACACAAUCUCCUGAAUCUAUAGUUUCUACCAGUGAUAAGGAAGAGUCUUUGCGGACUGAAGAGAAAGUUGUUGAGAUAGAUAAGGAUAAAACUGUAUUAUUGAACCCAGAUAAUGCAGUUGGAGUUUUAGACAGCAAAGAUGUUCAAUCAGGGAUCAUUGACAACACUGAUAAACCAGAAGAAUUUUUGUUAGGUUCAUUAAGAAAUAAUUCAAACGGAGAUCUGUAUGUUGAAAGCAAUAAAAGAAACUCCAAACAAAAUGGUGAACCGCCAUCAGAAGACAGGGGGCUACAUAUAAAAUUGGACAACUUAAACAUUGAAGAUGCUUCUGACAAUGCGGGUUUAGAAACAAUUCAGAUCCUUGCAGAUGCCUUGCCCAAAAUUGUUCCUUAUGUUUUGAUCAAUCAUCGGGAGGAGCUUCUUCCUCUAAUGAUGUGUGCAAUUGAGCGUCAUCCAGAUAGCACCACAAGAGAUUCCUUGACCCACACCUUGUUUAAUUUGAUCAAACGUCCAGAUGAGCAGCAGAGACGGAUCAUAAUGGAUGCAUGUGUUAGUCUUGCCAAGAAUGUAGGAGAGAUGAGGACAGAAACGGAAUUGCUUCCCCAGUGCUGGGAACAAAUAAGCCACACAUAUGAAGAGCGUAGACUACUUGUUGCUCAAUCUUGUGGAGAGAUUGCAGAGUUCGUCCGGCCUGAGAUCCGUGAUUCUCUAAUUUUGUCUAUUGUGCAACAACUAAUAGAAGAUUCUGCAACUGUUGUUCGAGAAGCUGCUGUGCGUAAUCUGGCUAUGCUGCUUCCACUAUUCCCAAAUGUGGACAAAUAUUUCAAGGUUGAGGAGGUAAUGUUCCAAUUGAUCUGUGAUCCCUCGGGAGUGGUGGUGGAAACUGCACUUAAGGAGCUGCUUCCUGCAGUCAUAAAAUGGGGAAACAAAAUAGAACACAUUUUAAGAGUCUUACUUUCGCAUUUGUUGAGCUCUGCUCAGCGUUCUCCGCCUCUUUCUGGAGUUGAAGGCUCUGUGGAAUCACACUUACGUGUCUUAGGGGAACGAGAACGCUGGAACAUUGAUGUUUUAUUGAAAAUGUUGGUGGAGCUGCUUCCCUUUGUGCACCAGAAGGCUGUUGAGACUUGCCCCUUUUCUUCUGUUCCAGAGUCUCCAGCUACAUUUUUCUCAACCUUCUUACUUGAACUGUAUUCAAAGGGACAAGUUGAAUGGUCGGCAUUUGAAUGGAUGCAUGUAGAUUGCUUUCCCGAUUUGAUACAGCUAGCUUGUAUGUUACCUCAAAAAGAAGACAAUUUAAGAAGCAAAAUUACUAAGUUUUUGUUGGCUGUAAGCGAUCUCUUUGGGGAUACCUAUCUGGUACACAUAAUGACUCCUGUGUUCUUGCUAGCAGUUGGGGAUAAUGCAGAUCUUACAUUUCUUCCAUCUGCCAUUCACUCAAGAAUUAAAGGGUUGAGACCAAAAACUGCUGUGGCUGAAAAGCUUGCUACAAUGUGUAUUCUGCCACUCCUCUUGGCUGGUAUUCUAGGUGCUCCCAGCAAGCAUGAAGAAUUAGCAGACUACUUAAGAAAUCUACUAGUCGAUGGCACAGUGAAAAAGAAUCAAUCAACAAAACACAAUGUCGAGAUUAUUGAUGCUGUCCGGUUUCUUUGCACUUUUGAAGGGCACCAUGGUAGGAUAUUCAAUAUAUUGUGGGAAAUGGUUGUUAGCUCCGAUGUGGAUAUGAAAAUCAAUGCUGUCUAUCUGUUAAAAGUCAUAGUUCCAUACAUUGAUGCGAAACUUGCCUCUACCCAUGUUUUGCCUGCCCUAGUUACUCUUGGUUCUGAUCAAAACCUGAAUGUGAAGUAUGCUAGCAUAGAUGCAUUUGGAGCUGUGGCACAACAUUUCAAAAAUGACACAAUUGUUGAUAAGAUACGUGUUCAAAUGGAUGCUUUUCUUGAAGAUGGAUCCCAUGAAGCGACUGUUGCUGUUGUACGCGGGUUACUGGUAGCGAUACCUCACACAACAGAGAGACUUAGAGAUUACCUUCUUUCCAAGAUAUAUCAAUUUACAGCAACACCAGCUCCUUCAAGUGAUGUGGUGCGUCGCCGUGAGAGAGCGAAUGCAUUUUGUGAAUCAAUCCGUGCCCUGGAUGCUACAGAUCUUUCUGCAACAAGUGUGCGGGAUUUCCUCCUACCUGCUAUACAAAACCUGUUAAAAGAUCCGGACGCAUUAGAUCCGGCACAUAAAGAAGCUCUUGAGAUAAUAAUGAAGGAAAGGUCGGGUAAUACUUUUGAGGCCAUCAGUAAGGUGAUGGGUGCUCAUCUUGGAAUAGCAUCGUCAGUCACCAGUUUCUUUGGAGAAGGUGGAUUAUUAGGCAAGAAAGAAGCUGCGGAUCCUCUCCCGCAAGAUCCUGAAUCCCCAAAGCCUGUACUGCCACCAGCAGCAGAAGACACAAGAUUCAGGCGUAUCAUGAGGGGUAAUUUCACAGACAUGCUUAGGGGUAAAACACAGCCAAACCAAUAGCUAUCUAGUUAGAUACAACAAAUUGUGCAAUUGAAAUUACUUCUGAUAUUUUCGCCCUACAUGUUUGAUUUUAAUCCUAGUGUAUGGAAUGGUUUAUGGUGACAUUAACACGAGAGGGAAAUUUUCUUAUUCCCAUUCCUUUCAUUUUUUUCUUGAAAUUCUUGUUGUAUAGAGAAAGUACAGUCGAACAAUAGAUUUUAUUGAAUUCUUAUACUCCUGUAGGAAACACCAAUUUUCUCUA